CAAAAUGUUUCCAGCAUUUGGUUUUGGGGCGCGGAUACCACCUGAUUACAAAGUAUCUCAUGAUUUUGCAGUUAAUUUUAAUGAAGACAAUCCAGAAUGUGCAGGUAUACAAGGAGUUGUGGAAGCUUAUCAAAACUGUCUUCCUAAAAUACAGCUAUAUGGACCAACAAAUAUUGCACCAAUUAUUCAGAAGGUGGCAAAAUCAGCUUCAGAAGAAACCAACACAAGGGAAGCAUCGCAAUAUUUCAUCCUGCUGAUUUUGACAGACGGUGUGAUCACAGAUAUGGCUGACACUAGAGAAGCUAUCGUGCAUGCUUCUCAUCUCCCAAUGUCAGUCAUUAUAGUGGGCAUUGGAAAUGCCGACUUCAGUGACAUGCAGAUGCUAGAUGGUGAUGAUGGAAUUCUCCGUUCGCCAAAAGGAGAACCUGUACUUCGUGACAUUGUUCAGUUUGUGCCAUUCAGGAACUUCAAACAUGCUUCUCCUGCUGCACUAGCAAAAAGUGUACUCGCUGAAGUCCCUAAUCAAGUUGUCGAUUAUUACAAUGGGAAAGGAAUAAAACCAAAAUGUCCAUCAGAAUAUGAGUCUUCCAGAACAUUAGCACCUUAAGUUAUUUUCUCUGUUUCCCUUCCUAUUUCUCUUUAUAUUGUUAUAUUCCCUGAAACACUUUUGCAUAGUUUAAAAAAAUUAUAUAAGAUAGCACGUUUUGGUGAUUUUUAACCUACCUGACAAUUUUUGCAUGUGUAGCCAAAAGGCUUGCAUCUGUUAAGCAGUUGUAUUGUUGAAUACUUUUUACUAAAAACGAAAUUACUUCUUUACACAACAGCAUGUCGCCUUGAAAUAAAGAGUUAUCUGGAUCAAGUUUUUAUACAGGUUUGUUGAAAUUUUGCUAAUUUCUUAUCUUUACACUGUAAAGCAUUUUGAAAUAAUUAUUGAGAGUUGAUAGACAAAUGUUGGUAUCAUCUGCUACUGAUAAUUUUUCAAAUGAGCAGAUGCAUGGACUGUAUUUUGCAUGUCUAAAAUAAAACAGCACACUUUUGCAGUG